AUGGAGAAAAAUACAAAACCGUAUCCGGUACAGCCGGGCGCCCAAAACAGCGAGGCGCCAAUGUUGCAGUACAACGAAAAUCGCACGACUUCUCAAGUACCACAGCUAUUUCAAAAUCCCCUCGAAGCCGCAAAACGCGGCCUAGAAAAUGCUCUCGCGAGGGGAAAUCCGCAUCAACAGGUUAUCGAAAAAACCAUUGGAGCCAUCGAAAAAGUGCAAGUUUUUGGGGAGCAAGCCAAGGAGGAGAUGAAAAAUCAACUGACCAAGGGAAAAGCCGGGCUGCAAGCUUCAGUCGAUCGUGGCUCGCCUCAUGCUGGGAUCUUGCAAAAAGCUAUCGGGGCGAUCGAAAAAGUUCAAGGCACGCAGAAGCGGCAAGAGAGCUACGAUCUCCAGGGCCCUGCCGGGCCUUCCGGCAGUUUCCAUCCGGUGGUUCCAGAAACAACGGCAUCCGCUCCUCCCGACGACCCGCCACCACCAUACACCGAAAAGGACCUGCAUAUCACGUUUACUCAA